AGUAUACAAAAAAAAUUGAAAGCAAGGUUAACAAAAUUUCAAUUGUUUCAAAUUUUGUUACUGAAAUAUUCAUGAAAUCUAUUAAAAUUAAUUAAAAACUAACGAAAUCUUUGCAUAAACUGUAUAAUAACUUUAUUAAAAGGGUUAAUACUUACAUCGCUUUAAAUAGUUGUACUAUUUUCUGAGAAAUAUUCAACGAAGGGGAGUGCUUAAAAUUUCAUGGUUUGGUAAAUUUCAUGAAAUUUUGUCACUCAAGGCAGUUGUGACACUUCCUGAAUUUUUGCCAGUGCGUUUAUUGUUUUGCUCGCCAAUUUUUCCCAUUUUUUGGCCUCAGAGAGCUACUUGUGUGUGCCCAAGAAGCCCCAAAAAGGAGAAAACAAAAAAUGGGAGACAAGAAUGGAACGGCUCCGCCACCUUAUGGCUUCGUUCCACCACCAAGUGCACCACCCAGCUAUGCCCAGGCUGUCGGUGGAGUGCCUCCUGUCAGUCCCUUCACGCCACAAACUGCUACAGCUGUUCCGGCUGCCAUCGUGACGACAGUGGUCCCCAUUGGGCCCCACACCACCCACAUGAUCUGUCCAACCUGUCAUUGCGAAAUCAACACCCAGACACGCACGGAACCUGGGCCUAUUGCCUAUCUCAGUGGCCUCGUGAUUGCACUUCUUGGAUGCUGGCUCGGGUGCUGCCUGAUUCCAUGCUGUAUUGACGAAUGCAUGGAUGUACAUCACACAUGUCCCAAUUGCAAGGCAUAUUUGGGACGUCAUCGCCGAUAAAGCGAUACCUUCUUGCUUGUCCUACCCUUUCUCUCUCUAUUCACAGAAACUGCAAGAGUUGGAGCAAUCUCAGAGUGUUCGAAGAGGAAGAAAAUUACCACAAGAAUCCUCCCUCAAAGUGUCUACCUUUGAAGUAGCCAAAGGACACCCCCCUCGCGUUUCAAUAGUUGUCUUACUAAUCAAUUCUAAUGCCAAAUUUAUUGAUUUACUGACUUCCAAUGCUCAUGUUGGUUAUUUUUUUCUACUUUUUAGGAAUUGUUUCACUUGAAAAAAAAAAUGAAAUUAUAUAUUUUCAUUAUUAUUUUACUUAUUGUACUACUUUACCUUUAAACGCAAAAGGAGAAAAAGAGAAUCUAUUGAAUUUGCACCUCGAGUUGCAAGAAGAAAUGAGCCAAAGCAUUCAUUCCUCCAAUUAGAAAGAAAAAAAAAAUGAAGUUUUAAUACACUAAAAACGUAUUUUCAUGCAUUUUUUGGCUUACUCACUUUCAAAUAUAAAACAAUGAAGAAAUUUUAUGAAAAUUUUGUCUGUCUUGUAAAAAAAAACAAUCUCCACUUAUCGACGGUUCUAAUCCAUACUAUUCUAUCCCAAAUUUACAACUUUAGGAGUGCAAUUUAAUGAUGCUGAGAAAUUUGUAUGGUGCAUAAGAUUUUUUUCAAACAAAAAAAAAACCUUAAAUUAUCUUCUCAUGCGAAUAUCUGAUCCAAUUUGAUCUGAUUCCAUAAAAUUUAUACCAGUUCUAAAAUUCAGUGCCGAGGGGUAAGAUAUCUCGGAUUAGGACAAUUGCAAAUCUUGAAUUAGGAUAGUGUGAAAUGGAGCCGUUGAUACAAUUUACUGUUGUCAUAUAUAUGUAAUAUAAUGUAACAAGGAAAGAGUGUAAAA